GGUAAUUUACGUUCGAUAAAUUGGCAGGGGCAAGCUACGCAAAACAAUCCUCCAGUUUAUGCGGAUUUAAACGAUUCCACCGGUACGGGUUCGGUAAGUACGACUCCGUCUUCAACCCUACUGGCGGAGAAGAGCGAGACGAUAAAAACUACUACUCCAGAAGAAAACUAUGGGAGUGUUGCUGACAGAUGUUAUGCAUUUGUGCAACUCCCGAACAUCGAGAAACCAUGUGCAAGCGAUACCGCACAUUACGGCGACAAGGUAAAAGCAACUGUUGGACUCAGUCCAAGGCUCGAGAUGCGCCUGGCGCUAAAUCACGACAUUCUCGGAGACGAAGAUCUACUCACGUACAGCCCUGGACCAGAGCUGACGGAAAUUCUCGGACGCGACCUCUCCACAUACCAUCCGAUGAGCGAGAAGGACAUUAUCAUGAAUCGUAUCGUGACGCGAGUGAGCAGUUACAUGAACAUACAAGCAAUAGCAUCGGCUUCCACGGUCAGUUCAACGAACGUAGUGGAAUCACAGGUACCCACCACCAGCCAAGCUAUGAGAAACGGAAUGAGCUCAUUAUAUCAGCAAAACAAUUCAAAGAUGGAUACUCCUAUAUUGCACCGACGAAAACCUAUCGUCCCAGCUACUUGGAGCAGUUUUGGAUCUGUGGAUCGAGAAGAAAGGACUCUAUCGGACCUGGAACGUUUAGCGAGGCGGGAGAAAGUUUACUGCAUGACGCAACUCAACCACAACGCUUCUCAGCUCAAACGAGUAGCUAGUUUCAAUGCUACACAGAAACAAACCAAUAAGCUAUUCAACUUUCUUUACCGGCGUAACUCAGAAAAUCAAGUAAACGGGCUUUCUAGCUCAAAGGAAAAUACACAAGACAACGUCACGUGUUCGGUUCCGAGCCGCUUGAGCUCGCCUAGAAUAGAAACGGUAAAAUCGCUUGAUCGCAGGUUUUGGAAAUUAUUGAGCAAACGACGGCGUGGAAGUUUCCAAGGAGAACUUACAACUGGUGCAUCGUAGAAUACUUUAAUAACUACACGAUUUCAUUUAGAAACAUAAAUCACAGAUGUACUCUGCACUAUUUUAGAUUCAAAUAGAUACUGCAAUAUGAGGAACGCUCGGAGAGAAUUAAGCUCAAACCUUAAAAAGAUUAAAAAUUUUAAUUAACUCAGUCUUCAAACAUUAUCAAUAUGAUUUAAAUAAAGUCCUUUUGUCUAAAAUUAGAUAAAACAUUA